CUCUCGUACACGAUUGGCUGAGGGUGAGUGUUGUUGAGCCUCAUUGGACAUCGGUAAACACGCCUCUCAUCAGCUUGAACCAGCACAACAAACUACAAGGUUACCCAUGCGUGUGUGAGUGAGCCAGCUGUCAGGAUGUUGUCGGCUCAGAGGGCAUGUGCAGCGCUGGCUGCCCGCCGCCUGGCCGUAGCCUGCGUCUCCUCAGCCCAGGCACACCGCUUACAUAUUCACACCUCGGUGUCGUGUCAGGACGAGGUCAAGCUGAACGCCGAGUGGGCCGGCCUGGCUAAGAAGCAGCUCAAGGGGAAGAACCCUGAAGAUCUGAUCUGGCGCACACCUGAGGGGCUCAACAUCAAGCCGGUGUACACGCAGGCUGACUCUGAGGGACGUGCCGACGAGCUGCCAGGAGUCUUUCCAUACACUAGAGGGCCCUAUCCCACCAUGUACACCUACAGACCCUGGACAAUCAGGCAGUAUGCUGGCUUCAGCACUGUGGAGGAGAGCAACAAGUUCUACAAGGACAACAUUAAAGGUAAACUGUCAAUGUGGUCGUUUUUACGUAGAUGCUCCGUCGGUGAAAUAACCGGCGCAAUGAAGAAAGUGUUUGGUGAGCACAAGGCCAGCACCAGGAUGGUGAGCGGGGCGUACCGCAGCGAGUUCGGAGAGCACGAGGAGAUCGCUCUGGCCAACAACAGAGUUACAGAGUUUAAGAGACACGAGGGCAGGAACCCUCGUUUACUGGUGGCAAAGAUGGGACAGGAUGGCCACGACAGGGGUGCCAAGGUCAUCGCCACGGGCUUUGCCGACUUGGGGUUCGAUGUUGACAUUGGACCGCUGUUUCAGACUCCCCGGGAGGUGGCCCAGCAGGCGGUGGACGCGGACGUUCACUGCGUUGGGGUCAGCACGUUGGCAGCAGGACACAAGACCCUGGUGCCAGAGCUCAUCAAAGAGCUACGGAAGCUCGACAGGCCAGAUAUCCUGGUCAUUUGCGGAGGAGUCAUCCCACCACAGGACUAUGAAUUCCUCUAUCAGAGCGGCGUGUGCGCCAUCUUUGGUCCAGGAACCAGGAUUCCUCAAGCUGCAGUCGAAGUUAUUGACAAUAUUGAAAAGAGCCUGGAGAAAAUACGACAAGCCAUGUAAGAAAAACACAAAAUGCUGUUUUUCAUGAUCAGCGUUGUUUUUUUUCCAUUUAAACUUUGUGUCACACUAUGUGAAUUUCAUUCCCUGCACAUCUUGGAUGCUUCAGAAAUGAGGUUAAUGAAAUACUUGUCAUCUGACGGCGGUGUAGACCUGCAGUGUAAUAACAUUCUGCCGUUUCUUAGCAGAGUGUAAUUAAAGUCAGAGGAGUCGCCAUGUGUAGAUAGAAACCGAAAUCAAGUGUCCUCCUUUAUAAUUCUCUCCUCCUUAGAUCACUCUAAGGACUUUUAGUGUCAAGGUCAGUGUGUGUUUCAUUUUAUUAUUGCUCCUGCAUGUUUAAAAGCGAUUAAAAGUAUUGUUCAGAGAAAAGCAUUAAUGAUCACCGUGUUGAAAACAGUUUGAAUGUGAUUCUUUUCUAUAUGUGAUCUACAUCCUGCUUAGACACUUUGCUUGGAAUAAAGUUUUUUUUGUAACUUUG